AUGAAAGAGAAGUUGUUCUUCGACCAGUUCAAUACGCCAUGUUUAUCAUCACCUGCAUACGCCCAUACAAAUCAUCACCAUCCCAACUCCAUCUUCAUGUCAAGUCACGAAAAGAAAGACUUUGACCAGAUCAUUAACACUUUAGAAGAUAAUUUCCGGCAUGAUUUAGCGGUGCAUCUUUAUCUGACCUUUCUCUCUCACAGAGUGAACCCAGGUUUUCCAGGAGCAAAAUGGGCAUCCUGGCCCGUGGCCGAAACCGAAUUGCCUGAUUUGAUGGGCCAAAAUGAGUAUGAGGAUCUGGUAGAGGCCGGACUCUUUGAAGAUGAAACCGAAGAGGCAAUGUUACCAGUUCACGAUGUUCAUCCGAUUUCGCUCAAGAAGGAAGUGCAAUUGUUUUCGAAGAAUCGGGUUUCUGUCGAGAGCAGAUCGUCGAGAAAAACAAAGCCAAAGACACUUCUUUUCAACGAAUUGCAUGCCUUGAUUCAGCAGAAAAUACAUAGAAAGGUGCAACUGCAAUUGAAAGACGGAGUGGAGCUUUCUCUAGAUGACGACAACGAACUCACACGACAAAUGACCCUGAAAUUGGCCAAUCGACUACACGGAGUCUUAGAAAAGAUCUCGCGACUCCAAUAUUCGGGAGCACAAAGAAAUUGGCAAGAUGUGCUACUAGCGAGUGUUUUAAUGAGGGAACAUGGAGAAGCUAUCAAUAUAGAGACACAGCGAAAAGCAUACUCGAAAGCAAAACGUAUCUUCCGAGACAUUAAGUUCAACUACGAGUAUUCCUUAGACCACUAUGACAUCCCUACUGAAGAGAACAAUACUGUUCCCUUCGACGUCAAUCACCAUUUGGAAGCAUUGAAUGAGCAAGAGAAAAGUGGUGGGAAAAAACGCCGUACGAUUACACCUCCAACGCAAGCAUUAGCCAAUAUGGCGAAACAAGAAGAGUACAAGGAAAGUGUCUUCAACAAGCUAUGUACUGAUGCAGAAAACGCACUGCAUCUUUCAUGGAAUCAAGAUGAACGCAUUGGGGAAUUCAAGGCAGGAGUGGAUUUAUGGGCCAGCGAACGUGCACACGCUAUCGAUGCGUCUACGUUAGAUAAAUGGGAUUAUAUGGGGAAGACAUGA